CGUUUGCCUUACACAGAUAUAGGAUACGAAGCACAACGGUGUCGUUUCCUACUUUCCGGUGUUAGUAAACCUAGUCGGGCGAGAUGGCGAAGAAGCGAUCAGGCCCGAGUGGCGGUCGUCGGGAAAACCGAGUCGAACCAUCUUCUGCACGAGUGGACUCAGCUUCCGGUCGCAGCAAACUCGUUGUUUUGUUCAUCGUGUCUUCAAUCAUUGCUAUCAUCGUCACUUACCGCUUCAGGCGAUCCUCUCAGUCGGAAUAUAAAGAUUCGAAUGUGUAUGAGCAAGGCCUUGUUACAACCCAUGCUAAUUACCACCAUGUACUCACCGAAAAUUCUAAGGUAUCAGAAAAUACCUCUCAGCGCCAUUAUACCUAUCCUGUGCUUGGCUACAUUACUCCCUGGAAUUCUCGAGGUUAUGAAUUGGCAAAAAGGUUCAACUCAAAGUUUACACAUUUAUCACCCGUCUGGUAUGAUCUAAAGAGCCAACAGACUAGCUUAGUUCUAGAGGGGAGACAUAAUGCUGACCGAGGAUGGAUGUCAGAUCUUAAAAAGACAGGAGAAGCUUUGAUUUUGCCUAGAGUUGUUCUGGAAGCAUCACCAGCAGUGCUGCUGAGGAAGGAAAAACUAAGGGACAAAGCCAUUAAUCUUAUUGUAACAGAGUGCGAGGCCAUGGGAUAUGAUGGUAUUGUUUUAGAAUCUUGGUCAAGGUGGGCAGCUUAUGGGAUCUUGCAUGAUCCAAACAUGCGGAAUUUGGCAUUGCAGUUUGUAAAACAGCUUGGAGAUGCACUGCAUUCUAUAAGCUCAGAGAAAAUUAGUGGGAAGCAGCUACAGUUGAUCUAUGUUAUAGGUCCACCAUCUUCUGAGAAGCUGCUAGAGCAUGACUUUGGUCCAAAAGAUCUCGAGACUUUAAGUGAAGCAGUGGAUGGAUUCUCGUUAAUGACAUAUGACUUCUCUAAUCCUCAUAAUCCUGGUCCUAAUGCACCUCUGAAAUGGAUUCAAAUUGUUCUCCAGCUGCUUCUUGGUACCUCUGGCAAUAGAGCCCAAAGCCUUGCCCCCAAGAUACUUCUCGGCAUCAACUUCUAUGGAAAUGAUUUCUCCCUUUCAAGGGAUGCAGGUGGCGGGGCUGUUAUUGGGAGAGAUUACCUGGCACUUUUGGAGAAGCACAGGCCUGAACUGCAGUGGGAUGAGAAAAGUGGGGAGCAUUUUUUCCUUUACUCUGACGACAAGGAUAUCAGGCAUGCGGUAUUCUAUCCAUCUUUGAAGUCGAUUUCUUUGCGAUUAGAGGAAGCCCGUUCAUGGGGAUGUGGCAUUUCGAUCUGGGAAAUUGGCCAAGGUUUGGAUUAUUUUUUUGACCUUCUGUGAAACCCCGUUUGUGUACUACAUUUAUUGCCCAUAUUAGUGUUUGUUCCCAACUGUUAUGUACUUGAGUAUAAUCUAAAUGUUCCUUUUGGUUAAAUCAGAAUUUCUUUUUCAGUUGUUCA